AUGUCCUAUCACACCGACUCGUUCGUCACGAGCCCAGGGUCAUCAGAUCCAGAUCCCUCGUGGCAGCUGCACUCCAGCACCGACUCUUAUCUUAACUGGAACUCUAGCUCAAAGCCGCCUCUCAGUAGUGAUCAGAAUGCCGCACAAAGUAGCUCCAACCUGAGCGCCGCACCUACUCUGUCAAGGUUACGGUCUGGCAGCUCCUCAGCCUCGCCUCCCGCUCUGCGAACUCAAACACCGUCCGAACCAACAUCCGCGGAUUCUGCCUCGGUUCUGCCUCAUCACGGCCACACAAUGAGCCCGCAACGUCCAGUUUCGCCCUCCUACUUCACCAAGCUCUACUUCCAGACACCGAACCGCAAAUCUUCCGCUACUAGCCCAACAAUCACUUUUACAGGAGCCCCAAGCGAGCCCUCGCUUGUCACCAGCACUCAGCUGCCUUGCCUUCUGCCCGAUGGAACUGACUCGACUCGAGAAGGACUGGCACCUCGUCGAGCUUCCGUCAGUGCCACAGCUUCUAGCCCUACAGCUCCUUCAGCAACACCACUCUCACCAACAUUGUCCAGCAGAUCCAAUGCAGGCGGGAGCGGCUUCUUUGCGUCUCUCCGCCCCUCGUCUCCGGGCAACGUUGCAGCCUCGUCCUCCAAGAUCCAGGAUGGUGAAAUAUCCGUCAAACCUCGACGCCCCAGCAGCGUCUUUGAGCACGUCGGCAACGUCUGGGAGCGCUUUGGUCGCAAGGUCCAUCACACGCGAACGGCUACUUCCGAGCAGCAGUCCGGCUCGUCUUCACAUGCUCGUCGCACCGCCAGUCAGGCUUCAACUCCAAUAGGUCUCACACCGGAAGCAUUAGAUCCCUUCGACGCGGCUCGCUCCUCGCCCUCAGACUUUGUCGCAUCGCACCUUUCCCAUUCACAGUCUACUGCGACCGAUUCCGAAUGCCGUACUCCUGCGACUCCUAGCGGCGAGACGCCCGCUUCGUUGAGCACCCCUCAGCCGCUCCCCUCUGCCCCCGCCUACACUGCCGUAAGCGCGGCUGCCUCUACCGACAACACGCCGCAGCAAGACGAAGUCGAAGAGCUCCCUUACUUAGCUCCCGAAUCGCCCAGUGUCUCGGGUCAAGUUUCAACGUCCGCAGACUCGCCAAGGUUGAAUGGCGGCCACAGGUCUCACAUGACGCAUCGACGAAACUCGAGUCUCUUCGAGCGUGUUCUCAUUCAGGUCACGGAUGACAACGAAAGGUUUUCGGUCGUCGAUAUCUCGGGCGUCGACUCAGCUGAUGCCAUCAAGGAACGCAUGUUUGCCAAGCUGCAUCUGUUUGACGCCGACCACUCCAGCUUCCAACUCUUUCGCACCGAGAUCGGUCAAUCUGAAGCUACAGGUCCUGUUGUUAGUGAUGAUGCUUUGCUCGUCCUGUGUCUCCAGAUGGGCGAUGACCGUGGCACCCUCAAGUUUUUGGUGCAGCAGACCGCUCCUCCACCCAACUCGACAGUGCGUGCCAUGCCCCCUCUUACUUCGGCAAGCGGUCAGCAAAGGGCGCUCAACGAUGUGCGCAGAACAUCAGGCACUGGUUCGCCCGCCAGUCAUCACCUCCGUACUGGGAGCCAGUCAUCCAAGAGUUCGCUCAGUGACGCUCUCGUCUACCCCGACGUGUUUGGCGCAGAUGGGAGCCAUGAAGGCUCGAAUCGUAAUUCUGGCAGCAGCCUGACACGAUCCAAAGCUCAGGCUCGACGUGCUCUGCCUAGUGCACCUCCAAUCGACGAUUUGCGCUCGCCUACGCACUCCAGCUCCCAGACCGGAGGUUCGGUCCAAGAUCGCAGAUCCGUCGCUUCUUCGGGUGAAGGCUCAGCAAAUGAGUUGUGGAUGAGACAUGGUGGAUCAGCAAGCGAAGGGGCGUCCACCGUCAUGAUCAAACAGCGCUCAAGCUCCAACACUCCCAGUCGGUCGGCCGCUCAUAGCAUUAACAGCACCGCAGGUAGACCCAGUCACGUUGAUGAUGAGAGACCUCGCAUCGAAGCGGAGUCGCAAUCCAACCGGAACCUGCACGCACCUGCAAAUAAAUCCAACCAUCGACAGGAGCGAUCCGACCAAGUCGCUCGUGCACCCCCGUUCACCCUGCACAACGCCAGGAGCAUGGACGACCUCCACAGACCGCCCCAGCCAUCUUCUCAGCCGGCCGCCAAGUCAUCACAAGCUGAACUACGCAAGCAGGCAGGUAUGGAUCGCGACGGCAGAUACCCUGGUCCAGCCAUCAUGAGACCGUCCACAGCAGCGCCUGCCGGACCCGGCUCCCGUGAGAGCGGUCCAGGGCAUCGUCAGUACAGCUCCGAUGCUCAGAGCGGCGGGAGGCCAGCAGUAAACCCUACAGCAGCCCUUGACGCUCGCAUGCUGCACCGCAAUCGCAGCGCACAAGCUUCCAUCCCGGGUAGUCAGCAGGUCACAAACCAUGGGCCUACCCGAAUGUCUAGCACACCACAAAUUCGAUCGCCGCCUAUGCAGUCCACCUACGUCCCACCAGGAGCCGGUGAUCCUCGCUUUGCACGUCCCGCUGGAUUCGACGACCCAUGUUUCAAUGGACAAGUCACACAUGCUGCACACACGAUGCAGGCUCGACCAAACAAUAUGGCGGCCCGUCCGCAGUAUCCCGGGCCUCCAACUUAUGGAGGCCAGGGUCCGUACCAGUCACAGUCGUUCGGUCAGGCCGGAUCCCGACCUAUAGGGCCAGCUUAUGUCAACGAGUUUGGAGCACGUGCAACAGCUUCGGGACCAAACUUCAACACGUAUCACGGCCACAGCCACGAUCCACGAGUAGGUGCCAAUGGCAUGCAAGGUUCAUUGACACCGCGACCUUAUUCAUACCACGAGCAACCUCCCAUGCACCAGCAACCCGUCUAUAGGCCGUACGCACCGCAACAGCAGAAUAUCGUCACUGCCUCCCCAUACCGUUCCCGCGAGGACCCUUUCACCACCCGCUACUUCCCUGCUUCGAGCUCUCGGCAGGUGUCGGAAUUUCAAAUGCAAGCUGGCCGAUUGGAGCCUGGUAUGACGGUGCAACAGACCUUGAGAACGCAGGACGUGGUUCGCAACCAAGCCCCCGUCGGCUCGCUGGGCCAGCCGUACCAGACAUCCCAUGCACACCCGCCAGGUCCUUCUUAUGGUCCUCGCAAUCCUCGCCAACCUCCUCAUUCCAACCAUCAUUCAGGGAUGCACUCUUACCCGAAUGCUUCAGCACCUCCUCAAUUGCAGCAACGGCCUAGCUUCCAAGGAGGCUCGGCAAUGCCGAACCCGCAUCAUCAACCAACUCCGCACCCGCAGUCGUACCCAUCAACACCCGCACCGUCUCAGCACGCACAAGCGCCGUUGCGUGCUGCUUCCGACAGGCCUGCGCCUUCGCCGGCCGGUCAUCCGGCUCAAACAAGACCGCAGUCUUCGAGUUCCUCGAUGGGUCGUGGUCAAGUGCAGCAGCAGCAGCAGCCAAGCUCUGCUGGACCCACACUUGGCUCCGAGCCUCAUAGGCGUAACCCUCCCGUACGCACGAAUGCAUCCGAGCGCUCUUCUGGAUCUUCCUUCUCCAGCGCAGCUAGCUCACUGCCUAGACGCCCUUCUCAGGAAGAUCACAACAGUCGAACUUCAAUCGAGGGCUCCUUUAGUGCACCGACCUCGGCGCGAAGCUCGCAAAGCGGCCCUGCCUCGUACAAGCCUUCGGCUGCUGAGCACCGCUCCUCGUAUGCCGACCAGGAGCGUGACCUGGGUGACAAAGAACUUGCGAACAUCCGUCCUUUGCCAAAGCUGCCGAACUCUUCAGCGACCACGCCUACAGAUCCGUCCAUGUCGGCGGCUCUCAUCGCAGAUGGAAAUGUGCGCAAGUCGGAGGACGAAGAUACUCUACGUGCCGGUGAAUGGGCGCAACUUUGGCGUGCUCUGGAUCCAAAAUCGGACGGCACAGUCAGCGGCACUGCGAUCAGUGGCAGCAGCGGAGGUGAUGGAGAUACUGUGAGAGCCGAACCAAGCACCCCUGGCGCGACACGACCUCACACCAAAGACGGCUGUGACCCUUCAAACGGCUUUGAGCCACCGCGAGCCAACCUGGCACCCGAGGAGAACGGUACUGUGGCUUCCUUCGGCAACUUUGAUGACGAUGAGAGCGAAUCGGGCACAUGGGCGCAGCCGCUUGACUCGGACGUCAACGCGCCUCGUCUUCCAUUACGGCUUGACGCUGACGGUGACAAGUCAUCUGAGGAUCACGCCACGUUGCUGCCUGGUGAGGGUACCAUGCUGCAGGCUGCAGCACGUUCCUCAAGGUCUUGCAGUCCCAAACGUCCGGAGCUACGCCUGACGAUCGAACCGUCAGCCGGUCCAACCAUUGUGUCGUCAAACCUGCAGCGUGCAACCAAUUCUCCCCAGCCAAGCUCGACGCAUCUCUCGACCUCCUUCAACAGCGGUGGUGGUAUCACUCGCAGCAACUCGUUUGCACGCAGGGACGACGACUGGGCUUUCCGUCCACCACCUGAACAGUUGUACGAAAACCUGGACGACUUCUUUCCGAAGCACGACCUUGACAAGCCACUGCUAGACACAGCUGCUGUUCCCGAGAGCCCGAUGAUGAGCAGUCCUCGAUCGGAGACGUCGGCCGCCAUGGCAUCGAGUCCACCGAAUGUGUCUUCGUUCGGACCGCAGCAAGCUCUCAGCCUGCGAAGUCGGCACAAGAAGUCCAUUCGUUUGGUUGCUCAAGAUCGAAAACGUUUCUUGGAUCGAACGGAGAAGCGGCCAGCGGCUCAGGGAUCAGAGAGCAGCAGUGGCUUAGUCCGACGACGCAGCACCAAGCUGUGGGGAACAAAGGUAGUCGAGAUGACGCCAGGCCAAGAGCUUGCGACACCUGCUUCUGCAAAUUCAGCAGAGUCGCCUUCAUCCGACACAGCCUCGCAGAAGCCGGUGUUCAAGUGGGUCAAAGGUGACCUGAUCGGCAAGGGCACGUACGGUCGAGUCUAUUUGGCGCUCAAUGCCACUACCGGUGAGAUGAUUGCCGUCAAGCAGGUCGAGUUGCCUCGAACUGCAAGCGAUCGUGAGGAUUCACGCCAGAAGGGUGUUGUCGCUGCGCUCAAGUCCGAGAUCGAGACGCUCAAAGAUCUCGACCAUCCUCACAUCGUGUCGUACCUUGGUUUUGAGGAGACGAGGACCUUCUUGAGUAUUUUCCUCGAGUACGUUCCUGGUGGAUCGGUAGGGAGUUGUCUGCGAAAGCAUGGCAAGUUUGAGGAACCGACGAUCAAGUCGUUCCUCCACCAGAUCCUCGAUGGUCUCGCCUAUCUGCACAGCAAAGGGAUCUUGCAUCGCGAUCUGAAAGCCGACAACAUCCUAGUCGAUUUUGAAGGGAUUUGCAAGAUCUCGGAUUUCGGAACAGUCCGUCGAUCAGAUGACAUCUACGGAAACGUCGAAAACAUGUCUCUUCAAGGCUCGAUCUUCUGGAUGGCUCCCGAAGUUGUUUCUCUGUCCAAGAAGGGAUAUUCGGCCAAGAUCGACAUUUGGUCUUUGGGUUGCGUGGUACUGGAAAUGUUUGCAGGUCGUCGACCUUGGUCGGAUGAUGAAGCAGUCCAAGCCAUGUUCAAGAUUGGUGCUGAACGAAAAGCUCCUCCCAUCCCAGCUGAUGUCAAACUCAGCAAGCAAGCAGCGCAUUUCUUGAAAAACUGCUUCGAAGUGGACCCAGCCAAAAGACCUACAGCGCAACGACUGUUGGAUCACGUCUUUUCGGUUCCUGAUGAAAGCUGGCACUUUCAACAAAGCGCUCUUUGGAGGUCGUUACAGCGUUGA